CCGAAAGUAAGUAACAAGGGAAGUGCUGCCGUACGACAUUUUGGCUGUCAUCCGCCGUUGCUGCUCUUCAGCUCUAUCUCUGCCUUCAGAAGUUCUUCAGGGAACGUCAGUCCAUAUUUCAUGAUUAGUGUGAACUUUUGUUUGUUUCAAGUGGAAAGCUUCUCUAGUUUCAACUUAUCUGAAGAACGAUAAAAAGCAGCAGAAUUUCUGUCGCCGGUGAACUCGAGAGAAGAGCAGCCAGUGGCUGCUGCCUCAAGCAUCGACCAAGUUGGCUCUUCUUGAAGUCUUCUGCAAAAUGGCUUCCUCAGCACCUGUUAUUUCUUCAAAUGACUUCAAAACCUUCAAAAUGACCCUGUUUGUGAGGAGGUACGGAAAGAAGGUGGUUCACCUCAUAUACACCUUCCACUUUCUCCACGGGCAACACAGGAGCAUCCGAGAGAUUCUCACCGACAACCAAGUUCCACUUCAAGGGAGGAGAUGUCCUUUCAAUGUCCAGGAAAUAACAAAUCUUACAGAUAAGCUUCCAGAAGAUCUGGACAUCACAUUGAUGAAUAAAGUCUGUCAAGCUCUUUGGCAAAAGGGGGUGAAUGACCCUGGUGAUGAAUUAAAAGGGUUAUUAAAAAAGAUCAAAGAUGAGAGGAACUUUGUUAGCCACGAAGAGCCUCAUAUGUCCGAACCAGAAUUGGAAAGUAAACUCAGAGACUUUCAAGCAACGCUCGAGGAAACUCUUGAGAAACUCAAGUCUCUCUUUCCAUCUCGUGGUUCUGACACUGACCAGCUUAAAGCAGAGAUCCAAGAUGCUCUCCCAAAGCUCCUAGAAAAGGUCCGUGAGAAAUAUGAUCCCUCAAACCCCCAGGAUGUACAAAGGCUUAAAGAUGAAAUAGGAGAGUUUAGGAGUGAGUUCUAUGACUUGAUACAAGAAUCAUCUGAAGCAGAACUCCUGUCUCUUAAUGAACGCCUCUGUCAGAUUUUGCCCUACGACUGGCUCGCUCAGUAUGGUACAACAGAUCCAGGACAGAUUAUGGUAUCUUUACAACUGGCUGAUGAUCAGGAGUUAAAUAAAGGUCUCCAUGGCAAUAAAAGUAUCAUUGUGAAUCAAAAAGAAAUCUUCAACAUUAAAGACCGAAUGGGAAAAGACCCUGAAGUUGUGAUUAUUUCUGGCGAUGCAGGUUCUGGAAAGACCACAAUUCUUUGUUCCUAUGCAGAGGAAUGGUGCAAGAAGACGAUGGAUGUGCCAGAACUCUCUUCCUUACCAUUUCUGCUCUGUAUGCAGUUCAGAAAUCAUGACCACGACAACUUUGAUGACUACCUUAAAAACUUGGUCACAAAAACUGUUGCUCUAUUUCCCUUUGACCUUGUCAGAUCAGUAGUCCUGGAUUCAAAGUGCUUGGUCUUAUGUGAUGGCUAUGAUGAGGCCAAUGAGAAAUCUAAAAGUCUAUUUGAAGAUAUGUUAGCCCUUAAUUCAAAUAAGAUGAAGUUUGUUGUCACAACACGGCCAGGGAACACCGAGGGACUAACGAAAAUUGUGAACAAAGGAAAACGUUCCAGAAUCAACCUCAAGGUUUCAGGUCUUCAGGAAGAGGAUAUGAAAUCACUCACAGAAAAGCUCAUUGGCCACCUGAUGAAGGAUGAUGUCACCCAACAGGAGCAAAUGAAAAAGGAGCUGCUUCAGGGGAUAGAAGAAAUGAGCACUGACACUAUAGCCAUCCUGCAAACCCCACUGUAUUUCAACCUGUUCGUUCUCCUUUACAUUGAGUGUCCAGAUCAAAUGGAUGAAAUGAGCACCAGGACAUCAGUUUACUUACAGCUGAAAAGGCACAAGAUCAAGAGAAUCUCCGACAAGACAGGAAUUUCUGAAGAAUUGCUGGAGAAAUUUGAUGCACUGUACAGAAAAUGGUCCCUGAAACAUUACAUGGAAGAAAAAUAUGAAUUCUCCGAGGCAGAUGUAAGAAGCUUUGAAGAGGAGAUUAAGCAAGCGUUACCUGAAAAUGUAUUUCAGAACUUUGAUGCAAUCAUGUCAUCCUAUUUCUCCAUAAAGAAAACAAAGAAGCAUCAGGACAUUGUCAAUGUCUACUGCCACAAACACAGAAGUGAGCAGGAGUUUGCAGCUGCAGGCAGCAUCUGCGAUGACAAUCGUCACAUCAAGUGAGGAUGGCUACGAAGACUUGGAGAGCCUGAGUCCCCUGUCUCUCGUGACUCCACCAAAGGAACUGACAUUACUAUACGUCACGUCAGAUGCUCCUGAGGAUCGCAAUUUUGCCGAAGUCAUAAACAGAACGUUUCCAACAACCAUCAGGGAAGAAGGAGGAGGAACCAAUUAUUUAAUAAUUGACUUAGACAAAGGUCUUGAACUGAAGCUCCUACUCCAGUCGCUGACUCUUCCGCCUUUGAGACAAAUGACGAUUCAUUCGACUGAGGAUGUAAACAUUGAUGAUGAAGAUGUGGAAGGACUGAAGCAACUCUGCAAGAACAAGAAAGUCAAAUACCUCCGUCUUUUUAAUGAUUCACAUGACGUUGUGGUCAAUGCUGAUAGUGAAGAAGAAGAAGAAGAAGAAGAAGAAGAAGAAGAAAAAAACAACAACAACAACAACAAUAACAAAAACAAGCAGAUGAAGAAAAAAAGAGAAAAAGGAAAGAUGAAGAAGAAACGGACGACGAAAAAGAAAAAAAGAGAAAGGGAAGAAGAAAAAGAAGAGGAACAAGAACAAGAACAAGAAGCAGAGGCAGAAGAAGAAAAACACAAAUGAUGAAGAAAAGAAAAACCAAAUGGGGAAGGGGUGGGGGGCUUCACCAGAAAUCACUCACUGCUGAGGAAUCAUGGAAGAGGAGGAGGAGGAGGAGGAGGAGGAGGAGAAGGAGAAGGAGGAGGAAGAAGAAGAAAAAGAAGAAGACCUCUGUGCGGAAGACUUCCGUGUUACAAGUCACUGAAUGUGCCUUUAUAUACCCUUCUGUUUCAACACCUCCCCCUCCCCAAUCCCCCUCCCUGUUUCUUCCUUC